UAGAAGUAAUUGGAUAUUGGAUUUUUAAUAUUGCUAAUUCUGAUAAUUUAGCAUUUCAAGAAAAAAUUUUAGCACAUUUAGCUCCUAUUUUAUGUAUUAUUAAUAUUCAAGAAAAAUCUGAAACUACAUCAUCAAUGCUACUAUCAGUACAAAAUAUAAAAAAUGAAGUACCUUCUUUAUUUAUAAUUCUUAUUAUUCUUAUUUUAGUUAAAUUUAAUUACAAUUUUGAUAAAAAAUUAAAUUCUAAGAAUCUUACAUCAAAACAUUUUUUCGAAUUUGGAGAAGCAUUAGCACAUUCAAUAAUACUCGUGAAAAAUGAAUUAAAAAUUCACAAAAAAUUACUUGAAUCACCUACUUCUAUAAAAGAAUAUCGUUUUAUAUUUCCUUUAUAUUUAGUACAAUUUUAUGAUGGUCUUUUAAAAACUUUAUAUGAAACAAAAAAAAAAAUUAUAGAUAGACAAAGAAAAUAUCGUAAAAAACCAUUAAAAUUUUUAAAUUAUGAAAAAAUUACUAAACAAACCACAUUUUUUAUUUCAAUAAUUUUAAACAUUGCAUUUAAAGGAUGGAAAAUUUGGUUACCUUGAACAAUGGCAAGUCUUUGCCGAAAACUAAAACUUUUGUCAUCAUUGCAGGGAAUUUUAGAAGUUGUAAAUAUUACAAGCCACUUUCAAAGACAUAAACAAAAUUUGGAAAAAAUUCGUGCUCUCUUAGUAGAUCCAACUGAUCGAAUUUGCUAUGAAAAGAAUAUUUGG